UCCAUACAGGGAUGUGAAACACAAAGCACAUGUUGCUGCUCUCCAGGCUCUACACACAAGACCUUUAAGACUUUUUGACACCUCUUGGAGUGUGUGAACUGACUGCUGCUGUUUUUACACAUCAGAACUUCAGACACCAAGGAUGAUGAUGGAUUCCUUCAGGUGCAAGACUUUGACUUUGAUCAUCAUCUGCAUGGCUCUGCAAGAGGGUUGUGGACUCCCCUUAUCAGACCAGGCAGAGCUGCCAGCUCAGGCUCCACAUUCACGACAUGUCAGGACCAAACGCUGCUCCUGUAACAAUUGGGAUGAUAAAGAAUGCAUCUACUUCUGCCACCUGGAUAUUAUCUGGGUCAACACGCCAAGUAAACUCCUUCCGUAUGGUCUGGGGAGUCCCCCGUCUCGCCGCCGCCGUUCAGCCAACCGCUGCAAAUGCCUCAACCCAGCUGAUAAAACUUGCUCCGGCUUCUGUCAAGAAAGCUCUCACGAUCCAAGGAAUGAUAUUGUGAACCCACUGGGAAAAUCUGAAAACACAAACAGGAAGAAACUGCUUGCAUCUUUCAGAUCUGUGGUUAAGUCCAACAUGGCUAUUGCAAAAGACACUGUGUCAUCAAACAAGAACGUGGUUGGAGUCAACAGGCUCAAGAGUAGAACAAGGAGGUAGAGGCCUGAAAGAAAACCAGAAACGGUUCAAUCACCAUGGAUUCAGUCUCAUGGACAGAUUCCUCCUGUAGUAAGAGUCUUACCAACUCUGGGGACGCAGAGAUGGAAAAAUGGAAGGCACAGGAAGCAGUGGAUCAAGCGUCUGAUUAACAAAGCAGAGCUUUGGAAGACUGGCAGCUCCUCAAGAUAGAAGCCCUAAGGCAAUGGUAAUGUUGGGUGGAGAUGUUGAGAGCCAUUUCUUAAACUCUCCUUGGACUUUCCUUAAUAAAAGUCUACAUGGCAAGGAAGGACCUUUCAAAGUCAAGGACAAGUCAAGGAAAGUUCAGGACUAGUGGUUACAAGGACAAAUCAGUGACCAGUCAUUGGGUUUCCAUGGCUAAAGCUCUGCUGGUUUGACUACUCUAUAAGGACAAUUUUAGAUCUACAACUCACCCACACUGAGGACUAUAGGAUCAUUACAUACUCCAAGAGUCAUACAAACUCUGUAUUUAGCUGGAAAUUGUUCAUGUUCAAUCAACUUCCUUGAACCUAUUCUGUCAUUUCUGACCUUUGGUUUGUUUUAAUAUUCCUCUGUAUCAGAGCUGGAAUCUGCUCUCCUGCCUAAUGUUUAUGGCAAAUUAACAAAUAGCCUUUUAAGUAUGAAGCUUACUUGAAAAUGGCAGCUUGAACAGUCUUGGCACACAUUUCCACACUGAAAUGAAGGUCAUCUCUUUGGGAUUUAUCUAACAAACAAUUAGCCUUAUACAAGGUCUAUUGUCAGCUCCUCUACACACACACACACACACACACACACACACACACACACGUUGUAUACCCUCUACUAGCAUAACAACUACAGUAGGUCUAUUGUGUUGGCUCAAGUGUUUAUUGCAUAGCUCCUGUUUAAUGUUUUGAUUGAAGAUAAGCCAGAGGGUUUCAAUGAUGUGCAGCUUGCCAAAAAAUGCAACAAUUGUUAUUCUCCCCUGACAAAUGUCAAGUUCUCUGUAUUAGCUACAGGGAAAUGUUGACUGUUGUUAUGCACUUCAAAAGCUAUCUGUGGCCUACACUUUUUAUGUGUCCUACAUCCAUUCACUCCAUCUGCCCUGUUUGACUGCAGGCACCAGGAGCUAACAGACACAUGGAAAUAUAAACCUUCAUUGUAAUUAAAAAUAUUUGUCCUCAAAGCUGUACACUAUGAACAGUUUGCCAGCUUAGAAGUUUACUUUUGAAUGCUGAAUGAUUCAAUGUAUUUAUUAUCUAACUUAUUCAGAGAUGUAUUUAUAUUUGUAUGAAUGAUGAACUGUGUAUGGGAAAAUAAAAUGCAAAAAAAAUUUCUUUGUCAAAA